UGCCGUAAACUGGUUCAUAUUAUGUAUUAAUGAGAAUUCGCGACCCUAAAUUAGAUAUAAAAAAAUAUUGCAGCUGAUACGGCUACAACAACUUCAUCAAGUGUUCAAAUUAAAUUAUGUUCAUGAUUAAGUAAUUCCGAAAUAAAAUUCUUAUUUAAAAGACACUCUAAAAGAUGCCACAUCUUACAGAAACUUUGUGUAAAGGUGGUGGCCGUGGUGCGAAGGUCAAUGUGAAGAAAUUUACUAAUUAUUUUCCGUCUGUUGCUAAUAGACGAAUUUUACAACCCAAUGUUCUAGGGAACCGUGUUUCGACACAGAAGCAACGCGAUAGAGAAAGUGCAUGUAAGGAGGAGAAGUUGGUAUUAAUGACAUGUUGGAAGAAACAUGAUUUCAAGGAGAAUACAUGUGCUGAAGAAUAUAAAUCAUUUUCUAGAUGUAUAUCAGAAGUUAGGAUAAAGAAGUUAAAACAGCAGCAAUUUGAAUCAUCGGGGGAACUUGGUAAAACGUCAGAAGAUGGGAAACUUAACAGUUUACAGGCAAAUAAAUUAUUGAGAAUGUAUCCUCAACCUCCAUAUAAAAUUAAAUUAACACACUAUAAUUGCAAACCAAUGAAACCACAUAAUUAUCUCAUGUUUGAUGGAGCAAAACCAGAAAAUUCUCAACAAAAUGUGAAAGGAAAUCUUUGGGCUAGAACUUCAAAGGUUAAUAAAAACAGAUAAAAAAUGUAGAAAGUGUUAAUAUAAUUUAUAAUGAAUAAAACUCAUCAACUUUUGUUGUUUUUUUCAGGAUUGCAUAGCUUUUUAAAUUGACAAUUAUGUUUUACAUCUUAAAGAGUAGUAAGAAAAACAUACAGGUACAUAUUUAUAAAGAUAUGAUUAUUAAUGUUGAAUAUCUUUUGGCAGAAAAGUUGAAAUUCGAGAACUGUAUUGAUUAAAGAUUGAACAUAAAAAGUUGCAUUAGGUCCAAGUUGUUUUGUUUAUGAAUGAUCUGUGAGCAUAUAUGCAAUGUUUUACAAACCAUUGAUAAAUAAACUGUUUAAAAUCACUAAAA